CAUUUCCUAGCAUCUGUCCAAAAAACACAAACCUCCUCACUCCUCCCUUUGCAGGGGCCAGUCGGCGGUGGUCCUGGGUCUCUUUGGCCAGCUCUUGGGUCUCUUUGGUUACUGCUUGCACUUGAUACUUGGUAAAUUAAGGUAGUUGAUAGCUUGUACUUGAUUGCAAAAGAUCUCAUUUGAUGGAUGUGGGCUUGUACUCGGUGCUUGAUAGAUCAAGGUGGUUGAUAGCUUGUACUUGAUUGCAAAAAGUCUCAUUUGAUGGAUGUGGGGACUCUCAGAUGCUUACGCUUGACCACGUCUACGAGCUUUCCUACAAAACAAGUCUCUUGUUGGAACAUGGAGCCCUUUGAUGCUUAAGUCACAAAGAAAUCAGAGACAUAGGACCGGAGGGCAUUCUUAUGUGCACCUGUCAAUAAUCGAUCAGAGCAACCAUGGAAAGCUUUUCACAGAAAGGACCAGUCAUCUGCACUUACGUAGCUCAAUGGCCUAUAUAUUCACUAGCCUGGUCUGCCCGACGUGACAAAAAAUCACGUCUUGCCAUAGGAAGUUUCCUUGAAGACUAUAGCAACAAGGUGGAAAUUGUUCAAUUCAACAGCGACACUUCUGAUUUCACCACCGAUAGCCGCCUAAUAUUCGAUCACCCUUAUUCACCCACAAACCUGAUGUUCUUCCCCUCCGAGGAUGUUGCAAAUCCUGAUAUCAUCAUCACCUCCGGGGACUACAUGCGCAUAUGGCAAAUUCACGAUGACCGAAUUGAGUUGAAGUCUCUCCUAAAUGGCAAUAAGUGUAGUGAAUUCAACUCUGCCAUAACAUCUUUUGAUUGGGCUGAUUUUGAUGUUCAUCGUGUGGUCAGUUCGAGUGUUGACUCCACCAUUGUUGUUUGGGAUAUAGAGAAGGAAACUGUAUAUGCUCAAUUAGUUGCACAUGAUAAAGAAGUGAAUGAUAUUUCAUGGGGUUGGUUCAAUAUUUUCGCAUCGGUAUCAGGUGAUGGUUCAGUUAGGGUUUGCGAUUUAAGGAAAAAAGAGAGAUCAACAAUAAUUUAUGAAAAUCCAAUGCAGGAUUGUUCUUUGUUAAGGCUAGAGUGGAACAAAAGUGACCCGAGAUUUAUAGCCACAGUCGGCAUGAACAGUAACAAGGUUGUAAUUUUGGACAUUCGCUUUCCUUCAACUCCUUUAAUGGAGCUUAGCAAGCAUAGGGCCAGUGUGAAUUCUAUAUCCUGGGCUCCAUGUACAGGACGAAAGAUAUGCUCGGUAGGUGAUGAUUCAAGGGCUUUGAUAUGGGAUGUGGCCAGUAAGGCUGGAAGCGGACCAGAAAACAUUACAGGCCAGGCGGAACCUGAAAUGUGGUAUGGAUCAGUGGGUGGGAUCAAUAAUGUGCGUUGGUCUCCUGUGGAGAUGGAUUGGAUUGCUAUUGCUUUUCUGACCAAGUUACAACUCUUGAAGGUUUAGAGUUUAAACUUCCUUUGGCUUUGUAGCUUAAUAUGGAAUCGAUGGAAUGUUAUUCAUUUCAAGAAAUAAACAACUUGAAAGAAUAA